GCAAAAUCAGGGUAUGGAAAAUUUUUUUUAGAUAAACAGCCUUUUCUUGCAAUGAAAGAUGCGGCUCAAAAGUGCUUGAGACUCUAUCAUAAGGACAUGCCUCAGAAAAUAAAAGGUCGUUUUGAGAUCAUCAUCGCCGCUAUUUCACUGCAAUUCCAUCCACUCUAAAUAAAAAAGGUUCCUUUCGCAACCUUCAUCUUUCAUUUCAUUUCACAAAAAUUUCCUUGGAAAUCAAUCAAAAUAUGCAAUUAGAAACAGAAGUUAUAGAAAAUAAGUGGCAAAAGGAAGUAGCUGGUUUCUCAUCAUCACAAGUAACAAUAAAAUGAUAAAAAAAGAAGAAGAAGGCAUUGAUUUCUCUAGUUAAUCACAACGCUGCAAAUAAGACGCAGCCGAAGCAAACAGCUAAUUGAAGAACUUCAAGGUUGCAUUUUUUAAAAAAAAAUUUCAGUGAUCCUCAUCAGGUAGCUUUAUAUAUAUAGUCGGUGAGGAUUUGGAGGUAGGGCUUACAUGGUAUCACCUGAAAAGACAAAAUAGCCCAGAAAUUAGCAGAUGAAAUGUCUGACUUGACCUUAACAUCCUCCAACUAAAUUGCUGAGUUGCAUUCGCGCAUCAAUUUUGGAACUUCGGUUUCUUCGCCCGCAGUGAGGGAUUAGUAAAUUCAGUAAAAUUCCAAUGUUUUACGAUCAUGCUUGAUUACAGAGAUUUGUAAGAUAUGAUUCUCGCAACGAAUCUGUGUUUCAGAACUAUCCCAACAACAUGCACAACCGUAAAGCAACAAAAGGAUCCUCCUCACCAACUCAACCCAGUAAUUCCAACAAAAACAAAGUCGUGCGAGUGUUUUGAUUUGCACAAGGAGCUUAUUCCAUAUGAAAAGGCAUGGUCUUGGCAGAAACAGAUUGUUAAACAGAAGAAAUCAUUGCUACAAGAACAUGAGGAUUGCCCAGAUACAUUAAUUGUUCUUCAGCAUAACCCUGUUUAUACAAUGGGCACUGGCAGCUCGGAAAACUAUUUGAAUUUUGACGUAAAGGAAGCUCCUUUUGAUGUUUAUCGAACUGAACGCGGCGGGGAAGUUACAUACCAUGGGCCUGGACAGCUGGUUAUGUAUCCUAUUAUUAAUCUCCGGAAUCACAAGAUGGAUCUUCAUUGGUAUCUUAGGACACUUGAGGAGGUGGUGAUUCGUGUUCUUUCAUCGACAUUUUCUAUCAAAGCUUCUAGGAUUGAAGGGUUAACGGGUGUUUGGAUUGGAAAUCAGAAAUUGGCUGCAAUUGGUGUAAGGGUAUCCAAGUGGAUAACCUACCAUGGGUUGGCACUUAAUGUCACCACAGACCUAACUCCCUUCAGCUGGAUAGUUCCCUGUGGGUUACGUCAUCGUCAAGUCGGAAGCAUAAAGGGGUUGCUUCAAGAAUUUCAGUCAUCUACACAAUAUGCUGAGGCAGUUAAACCGUUUCCUGAUGAUUACCAGUUGAUUGAUAUCUCCUACAAGUCCUUGAUUAAGGAGUUUUCUGAAGUUUUCAAUCUUGAAAUCCAUCAAAAGGCCAUCACUGUGCCUGAAUUUUGGAGAGAGGACCAUUAACCAGAUUGGAGAGCCUGAAAGAAGAGUAAAUUGCCUUAUGACAACAAGAUAUUUAUUAAUGCUUCUUUACCCUGCAAGUCAUGAACAAGUUUCCUCUUCUCAGUUCUUAGAGCAGAAACGUGUAAGAUUUGCUUAUCCUAUAACAUUAUAUGUCCAAAUUUGCAGAUUAUAGAAUUGAAUAAUUCUAGAAAUUUCUAUUUUUGUUUUAUAUGAUUGAAAUUCCAUAAAGAAAAAGAAAAGAAUGAAUUGUUUGUGACGAGGAUUCAA